GCCGCCGCGAUCCGCGCUGCGGAACUAGCAAUAAGUGACCGCCGAAGAAAGUAAUCGCAGCCGCUGCAGUCCGCCGCUCGCCACAGAGAACGCGCCAAUAUAUAAGCCAAUCAUUACUUUUAUUGCCACUCUGCAGUUUCGGAGGCGCUUGGACGUACGCUCGCGAAGUCAAAAUGACGAAACUUUUAAUUCUACUGUGUUGCGCAUACUACACCUUCGCCUCUCAGCACAGCCAUAUAAUCCCAGUGGAAAACUACGAAACAGAACUACAGGACUUGGGACUACACACGGAAACACACGAAACGCCUGUCAAAGUAAUAAAGAUAACUAAAACUAUCGCGGUAAAGAUUCCAGUGCCAUACCCGGUGAAGGUGAUAGAGAAAGUGCCGUACCCAGUGCAUGUCAAUAAACCAUAUCCCGUGCAAGUGCCGCAUGUUAUUCAGCUGCCCAAGGAGAGGACCGUAGAGCUCAGGCCGCACCAUGAGCAAGCUGGCGAAGCGAAACCCCAUGAUGAUUACCAAAAGGAACAAGCCCCGGCUUACGACGCGCCUUCAGGAUACGAACACUCGUUCGCACCAUUAACAGAAAACAUACACGUCGGGGACGGAUUCAACUAUGGAAACAAUCAACAUGUGUCGGCGCUCGGAAAUGACUAUUCCCAUGGCGCUCCAGGCAACUCUUACGGCGCUCGCUACGAAGGACAUCAUUCAUAUGCAGGCGAAGGGCAUAAUUAUGAUAUUUCUGACGAAUCAAAACGGUAUAACGCAGUUAAGCCAUACGAGUAUCAUGGAAAAUAG